AUACCUUGGACUAAGGUUGCCGAGAUCGGUAACAAACUGCGCAUCCCUCAUACACCGAGGAUCAGCUCCCAAAACAACGCGACUAAGUACGUAUCUGAAAUCAUCUUCAAAUCGCGUAGCUUUGAAUCCGAGAUGUUGAAUUGCAAAGCAGCUAGCAUUGUUAGUCAAUCACUUACUACAGGCUCUUUUUUGUUCACCUUUCCUCCUGGUACCUUUGUCAAUCAUAUUGCGGCUUAUAAAGCGAUUCAGGAUACCUUUGGCAAAGUUGCAGAAUUUCAACAUCUAAGUGGCUACACUCCCAAUCCAAACAAACAGGAUAUGUUGAUCGAGGCACGAUUCGAAUCUAAGGAUUCCAAGCAGAAGGCUAUAACGACUGGAAUCACCGUUAGGGAACGUACAUUUUUGGACACUUCUACCAGGGAAAGCACGGUCAAAAGCUUUGUUCAUGUCGCUCUCACUCUGCUUCAUAACCCUACCAGCGAGGAUGUCAUGAACCAAGCAAGCUUAGUUAGCCUU